AUGGAGCGGUGUGGGCGGCGUGCAUGUGUGAGGGCUCCCGGUAGGUCCACCGCGGCGGUGCGGCUGGGCGCCGGUGCGCUCGACUGCGUCCGCCGCAUUGCGGUGCUGCAGCGGCGCCGCAGCUGCGCGGGCACGCCGUGCGAGUGCGUCCGCCGAGACCCCGGCACCCACAACCCCUCGGAGGAGUGCUACUCAGUCAGCCAGCUCAGGCGAGAGCCGCGCUCGGCUGCUUCGGGGCGCGGCGGUGCGCGAGUCCGGCAGUUUCCGGACCUCCGCGGCGCGUCUUGCGGUUGCAUCACGUCGGUAGCAGCGAUGCCGAGCCUCUCUGGACAUGCCCAGGCCGCGCCCCCGCUCAAGGGCGCGGCCGCCACGGCCGACCUGCGCGCGACGCACAUCAUCUGCACGAUGGGCCCGCGCAACGCGACGGAGGAGAACCUGCGCAAGCUGCUGGACGCUGGCAUGGAUGUGAUGCGGCUCAACUUCUCCCACGGCGACUACGAGUGGUUCGAGCAGACCAUCAACCUCGUGCGCCGCAUCCAGGCCGAGCCGGGCUCCACGGCCCGCCUGUGCGCCAUUGCCCUCGACACCAAGGGGCCCGAAAUCCGCACAGGGUUCAUGGCCGAGGGUCCGAGCAAGGGCGGCAAGGAGAUCCUGAUCAAGCAGGGCAGCACGGUCGAGGUGCACACGGGCGACGACUGGAAGCAGAAGGGCGACGCGAACAACCUGUACGUGGACUACAAGGACCUGUGCACCACCGUCAGCCCGGGCUCCAUCAUCUUCGUGUCCGACGGGCAGCUCGAGCUCAGGGUGACGGAGGUGAAGGCGGACUCGGUGGUGACGCGCGCGGUGAACUCGCUGGCGAUCGGGGACCGGAAGGGCGUGAACCUGCCCGGCGCGAUCGUGACGCUUCCGGCGGUGUCGGAGAAGGACCGGCAGGACCUGGCGUUUGGGGCGCGCAUGGGCGUGGACUUUGUGUUCGCGAGCUUCAUCCGGUCGGGGGAGCAGGUGCGCGAGGUGCGCAAGGCGCUGGGGCCGGAGGGGGCGGACAUCAAGGUGAUUGCGAAGAUCGAGAACCAGGAGGGCCUGGACAACUUCGACCAGAUCCUGGAGGAGGCCGACGGCGUCAUGGUGGCGCGCGGGGACCUGGGGAUCGAGAUCCCCGCGCCGCAGGUGUUCGCUGCGCAGAAGCAGCUCAUCCGGCGGUGCAACGCGGAGGGCAAGCCCGUCAUUUGCGCCACGCAGAUGCUGGAGAGCAUGAUCACCAACCCGCGCCCCACGCGCGCCGAGGUGACCGACGUCGGCCAGGCCGUGCUCGACGGCGCCGACUGCGUCAUGCUCUCCGGCGAGACCGCCAAGGGCGACUGGCCCAUCGAGGCGUGCUCCACGAUGGCGGCGAUCUGUCGGCAGGCGGAGAGGCUCUUUCCGUCAUACCAGGUGUACAAGGACCUGCAGGCGCUGAACCGGCACCGCGAGAGCAUGCACUUCUGCGAGGCGACGGCGUGCAGCGCGGUGGGCAUGGUGCACGAGCUGCACGCCAAGGCGAUGGUGGUGAUGCCGCGGUCGGGCCGCACGGCGCGCUUCAUCUCCAAGUACCGGGCGCCGGUGCCGGUGGUGUGCGCGACGAGCAGCGAGCGCAUGGCGCGGCACAUGCUGCUGCACCGCGGGAUGCUCCCGCUCGUGGUCGACGCCGCGCUGCUCACCGAGGACAUGUCGACGCGCAACACGCACUGCCUCAUCAGCCUGGCCACCGAGACGCUGCGCACCUACGGCGUGGUCAACCCGGGCGACACGAUCAUCUGCGUGCACUCCGAGCGCGUCGACAACGCCGACCUGUGGUGCAAGACCCUCUCGGCCGUCCCGCGCGAGUUCAAGCCCAUCAAGAAGGUCUGGGGCUCCGAACUGGACUUCUCGCGCCUCGACCCCGCCUCCAGCAGCGGACACGUGCCGGGGCAGCGCACGGAGCCCAAGGACCACCUGACGCCGCUGUCGCAGGUCAUCCGCACGAUGGCCGAGCGCCAGGUGGAGCAGGUCCAGAAGACGUCGUCGGGCAAGGACAAGAGCCGCAUGCUCACCAAGUUCCACACCCUGCGCGAGCUCGACCCCAGCGAGGCCGUGCAGACGCAGCUCGUGCUGCGCGUCGUCAACGUGCCCGCCGGCGUGUAG